AUGCCCCUCAAGAAACCCGAGCCAAAGAAAGAAGCAGGUAGAGCAGUUCCAGCCCCGGAGCUCCCCAAGGAACCUGCCUUUGAUCCCAAGAGCGUGAAGAUCGAAUUCACCACUGAGCAGAUCGAAGAGUUCAAAGAAGCCUUCAGCCUGUUUGACCAGAGCCCCACGGGAGCCAUGCAGGUCACCUAUGCCCAGUGCGGGGACGUCCUGCGCGCCCUGGGGCACAACCCGACCAACGCGGAGGUGCUGAAGGUGCUGGGCAAGCCCAGGCCAGAAGAAAUGAACACCAAGGUGCUGGACUUCGAGACCUUCCUGCCCAUCCUGCAGCACUUCACCCGCCACAAGGAGCAAGGGACCUUUGAGGACUUCGUGGAGGGGCUGAGGGUCUUCGACAAGGAGGGCAACGGGAUGGUGAUGGGGGCUGAGCUGCGCCAUGUGCUGGUCACACUGGGGGAGAAGAUGACAGAGAACGAGGUGGAGCAGCUCAUGGCAGGGCAAGAAGAUGCCAAUGGCUGUAUCAACUACGAAGCUUUUGUCAAGCACAUCAUGUCUGGCUAAAAGAAGAAACUUCAGGU